ACAUUAUUAUACUUUAUACUGCAUUUUAUUUCCUAAUCAUUUGAAAUGUGUGUUUUUAUGUAAAUAACUACUGUAGAUGACUAAAAGGAAAUAGUCGAUGAUAAAACAUUUUUUAGUUGUUUAGUUUUCGGCCUGUUCGAGAUAUUCUGGUUAAUAAUCGUGAAAACUGUGAUAUUUCUUCUGACAAUAAUCGUAAUUAUCAAAUAAUACAACACAUCGUUAAAAUUACUAAUGACAAGAUUCUUUUGUCACCAAAAAUACAGACUUUUGGAUUUUUCAAACAUGAAUUUAGUGUUUUUAUUUAUGGAUCCUUGAAGACCAGCUAACAAAACAACGAAAACGAUCUGUAACGAUCAUCGACGAUCGCAAUUGGUAUCGGCAGCAAUAGAACGUGAUCGUGGAUCUCUGGAGGUUUCCUUUUGAUCCGAAGCAUUGAAGAUCCAGACUGAUCUCCGGAUCCCUCUGAUGGCGUGCCGAUCUCCUCCCCACCACAGAGUCCGAAUGGCGUCCUAGACCGUCUCCUUCUACUUCCUGUCUGCAGCGCCGCUCUGAUCCUCAACAUGGACACGGAGACCGACGACACCGUGGGAUGCUACUACAACCGCUCCGUCAGGUUCUUCUACGAGAAGAGCGGCAAGAACAUCAGCGUCUUGUGGCGCGACCGCGACUACGUGAUCGUCACUCUGGGCAUGGCGGUGUGCUUCAUCGUCAUCUUCUCCAACCUCCUGGUCAUCGGCGCCAUUUUAAAGAACCGACGCUUCCACUUCCCCAUCUAUUACCUGCUGGGUAACCUGGCUGUGGCCGACCUCUUCUCAGGUACGACGCUUUCACUAUAUUUGGUGCUACGCGUGAGAUCCGGAUAGACCCGGGACCUUUAGAUCAGGUUUAGUUCUGCUCCAGUUCAGUCUCAAAUCUCAGCUCAACUUCAGGGCGUCUUUCAGACGGUGAUUUAAAAAGUGUGACGUUUCAUUUACAGACGUCUGCUGCAGACGCUGAUGCUAGCUGGAUGUUCACGCCUGCUUUAAGCUCUUUCAUUCAGCUGAAGGACGCUCACUGAUCAUUUUGUGUCAAUUUAAAUCAGCUGAAGUGAAUCGAUCGUUUUUAAUUGGUAUCAUUUAAAGUUACUCUGAGGAACUUUAACUUUGUGUUGAUUCUGUCGCCCCCUGUGGACUAAAGUGGUAGUGUCUCUGAGC